AUGCGGGACCAGCUUUGUGUGCCGGCUAUCUGCGGAAACAAAAGGCGGAGGGGGAAAGGAGCGGGAGGGAGGGACGGGAGGGAAGGGGGACAAGAGGAGCACCGGGGGGGAGCGGGGAGCAGAGGGGGGGCCGUUAGCUCGCAGCCGGCAGCGACUCGCCGCAAACUUUCUCGCCGGGCUCGGGGAGCGGCGGCCCCGCCGCUGCCGCCCGCGGACCGGGCGCAGCCUCCGCCGCCUCCCGCGCGCCCCGUCCGCUCCGCUCCGUUCGCGCUCAGCCCAGCCCGCCCCGUCCCAUCCCGUCCCGUCCCGCCCGCGCAGCCCCAUCAGGUGCACGGCGGGUGCCGGUGCCCGGGGGGGGGUCCCGCACUCACGGCGGCCGGCGGCUGCUCCGGCAGUUCGCACUGCCCGCUCUCAUCGCCGCCGCCGCCGCUCGCCGCGCCGCGCAGCAAAUCACGGCGGCGCCGGCCCACGGGCCGCCCCGGCACCACGUCAGGCGGCCCCCGCCCCCCGCCGCCCCCCCGCGGCCGCCGCCCGCUCCUGCGUGCGGGCGCCCCCCCCCGGCCCCGCCCCGCCCCGCACACCGGCACCUUGCGGGGCGGCACCGGGCCGGGCGGCGGCUGGACAGCGCUGCCCACAACAAACAUGGAGGAGCCGCCGCCGCCGCCCGGGAGCGGAGCCGAGCAGCGAGGCUGCCCCCGGGCCCCCGCCACGAGAGACAAAAGCGGCCGCGGGGGGAACCGGGGCUCGGGCACGGCCCCAUCGGGUCUCGUCGAUCGCCGCGGUGAGGGCUCGGCUGAGCACAAGUCACCCCAAUGGGGCGCGUUCUGCCCUGACCCGGUGCGUACCCCACGUCAGCAUCACCCGCGUGCAGGGUUCCCGCACCCCGGGUGGGAGAUGGGCAAAGACCGGCAACAGCAGCUCCCAAAGGGAGCAAAACAAUGGGAAGGGAACGCUGCGCACACUGCCACGCUGCCAGCGUCCACAAAACACCAUGAGAUGCCCUGUGCCAGGAGCUCGUCACCCCAACAAGGCACAUUCAGCCCAGAUGAAACGGGUACCCUGCACUGA